AUGCGGUUUAUAUUGUCUGUUUUAUCGAAGGAAUUCUAUGGAAAUAAUUCAAAAAAAUGUUUAUUUGAAUCAAUUCAAAGAAAUGUUUCUAAUCUAUUUAAUUUAAAUAAAUCAAUAUUAAACAAUCGAAUUUCAUAUCGAUUUCAAUCAUCUGAAUUGAAUGUGAGUGAAGAUAUAUUAUCAAAUUCUUCUCAUAAAUUAAAUUGUGACAUAUAUAUAUUAACUAAAAAUGGAAAUUUAGAAAUAACUCGAGGUCCAUUUGAUCGUGCU